UUCCCCGCCCAGGGUCAGGUGACCCUGCCCUGCCCAGGCUGCAAGCGGCCUGGCGCUCCCGGGCAGAGCUCUCCACCCAGUGCCCGAGUGGGCAGCCAGUGCCCUGAGCAGGGAGGAAGGGCCUCCCCCCGCCCCGAGGCCUGCAGACGGUGGAAGCUGAGGCACAGAAGUUCUCUCUGCCUGACCCCCCCCUUCCCGCGUACUCGCCACCCACCCUGGAAGGAAGCCCUGAGGCCCUGCCCACGGCAGCAACCAAAGUGAGAAGGAGCAAACCGAGGACCCCGCCGCCGACAGGCACCCCACAUCCUGCCCGGGCUGCGACUUCCCCCACGUCUUCGCCUUGCAGACUUCGUGGGGCAGCCCUCCCCACACGGCACCAUGGUUGUGCAGGACAGUGCGGAUGCCGGGGACAGCAGGCUGGGCGUGCGGCUGCAGCCCUUCCUGCACCAGGUCGGGGGGCACCUGAGCGUGAUGACGUAUGACGAGCACACCGUGUGCAAGCCCCUCAUCUCCCGGGAGCACAGGUUCUACGAGGCCCUGCCUCCGGCCAUGAAGCGCUUCACCCCGCAGUACAAAGGGACCAUCACCGUGCACCUCCACAAAGACAGCAGGGGCCGUCUCAGCCUGGUCGCCCACCCACUAAAGGAGAGCCGCGAGCCCUUCAAGGUGUCCCCGGAGUCGGCGGCCGUGGCAAAGCGGCACCCGCGGCGGCGGCAGCACGCCCAGUGGGCACAGUCUCCCGCCGAGAGCCACAGCCUGGCCAAGCUCCACACGCACCCCCAGGUGUCCUCGCUGGUGCUGGAAGAUGCUAAUGGGAACCAGGUAGAGGCAAGGAGCUUUAACCCGUGGGGCCUGCACUGCCACCAGGCACACCUGACCCGCCUGUGCUCCGAGUACCCAGAGAACCAGCGGCACCGGUUCCUGCUGCUGGAGAACGUGGUGUCCCGGCACACGCACCCCUGCAUCCUGGACCUGAAGAUGGGGACGCGGCAGCAUGGAGACGACGCCUCCGAGGAGAAGAAGGCCCGGCACGUGAAGAAGUGUGCGCAGAGCACCUCGGGCCGCCUGGGCGUGCGGGUCUGCGGCAUGCAGGUUUAUCAGACGGAUAAGAAGUACUAUCUCUGCAAAGACAAGUACUACGGGAGAAAGCUCUCGGUGGAGGGCUUCCGACAGACCCUGCAUCAGUUCCUGCACGACGGGACCCGCCUGCGCACCGAGCUCCUGGAACCCAUCCUCAGCCAGCUGCAGGCCCUCCUCUCGGUCAUUAAGAGCCAGAGCUCCUACCGGUUCUACUCCAGCUCUCUCCUCAUCAUCUACGAUGGACAGCAGCUGCCAGAAAGACCCCCGGGCAGCCGGCACCCUCAGGAAGCUUCGGGGGAGGCCCGGGCCGGCCCUCCAGGCGGUCUCCCCAGGGUAGACAUCCGCAUGAUCGACUUUGCUCACACAACAUACAAGGGCUCCAGGGACGGGCACACCACCUACGACGGACCGGAUCCUGGCUACAUUUUUGGGCUGCAAAACCUCAUUGGGAUCCUGCAGGAUAUCCAAGAGGGAGUCUGACCCCUUCCUGGGCCUCCCUGGGUUCCUCUGGGCUACAGAUUGCAAAAAGGCACCUACUUGUAGCCAGCGCAGUUGAGAUGAUGCUUAGAUGUCUUUAUACAGCCCUCAAAAGCCAGCUGUCCGAGGCGGACUCUCCUGAGAGCUGCUAAAGAAACCCUCUGGCACCCUGGAGGUCGUUCCACGUAGCCUGGCGUCUUGCUCUAGUGCUGGUCAUCAGACAAUGGACAGUCCAUGCAAAAAGCAGCCCCGUCUUGGAGCGCACCAGAGAGUGGCCUUGGGAGUCAGAGGCCAGUGUGACGGGGACAACCGGAGUCUCUGCUGCUAAAGAUGCUUUCCUGGCCGGCGCCGCGGCUCACUAGGCUAAUCCUCCGCCUUGUGGCACCGGCACCCCGGGUUCUAGUCCCAGUCAGGGCACCGGAUUCUGUCCCGGUUGCUCCUCUUCCAGGCCAGCUCUCUGCUGUGGCCCGGGAGUGCAGUGGAGGAUGGCCCAAGUGCUUGGACCCUGCACCCCAUGGGAGACCAGGAGAAGAACCUGGCUCCUGCCUUCGGAUCAGUGCGGUGCGCCGGCCGCAGCGGCCACUGGGGGAUGAACCAACGGAAAAAGAAGACCCUUCUCUGUUUCUCUCUCUUACUGUCCACUUUGCCUGUAAAAAAAAAAAAUGAUUUCCUGUCACCGCACCACCAUCCUCACACGCUGGGAGGCAGAAACAGAACGAGGAGAAGCCUUGUAGGGUAUGGUUUUUCUCCGCUGCAAGCUACUCAUGGCCUCCCACCUUCCGAAGAGCAGCUUCGGGUGGGGUAGGAGGAAGUGGAACAGACCUGCGCAUCGCACCUGCUCUGUCUCUGGGUUCUAAGUGGACAAGGACGAGCCCAGACAGGAGUGUGGGUAGCCCAGGGUCCCAUGUUGCUGGUGGACAGGAGGGUCGCCUCACAGCCUCCUGCCUGGAGAGGAUUCUGCCACAUUCUGACCAUGCAAUGACUCUGACCAUGAUCUGCGGCUUCCGGGGCAGGGAUGGAGGGGAAGAGGAGCCACCCCGUUAACCUCUGCUCCCCGCUUUCUAUUUAUUUAUUUUGGGGGUGUGCUGGGGGAGGCAGAAGACCCGGAAGGCAUGUGGGAACCAGGGGCAAUGUUUACAAGGCCAGCGGACAAGUGUAAAUCCAGAACCAGCAUGCACAGUCCUAAUUAAUUCCUUCCUCGGUGGUGUGGAAACCUAUUACAAUGCCCCGGAGUCACGCGCCGGGAUACGUUACCCAAUUAGGGAAAUAAAUUUGCUAAGAAAAUUGCUGAGGUCA